UCAAAUUUUAAGGUCAAUGGUUUUUAGACUCAUUAACUUCAUCUGAAACUGAAGCUGACCAACAUUUGAGAACUGCCACCGAUCGCAACAUGACCUACCAGGCCUCUAGCCCCGACGAAGUCGCUUUAGUUCAGUGGACGAAGGAAGUCGGCCUCGCGUUACAUCACCGCGAUUUAUCGACCAUGCAGCUAAGGACACCCGACGGCAGAUUAUUUCAUUAUUCUAUUUUGCUUGUCUUUCCGUUUACCAGCGAAACGAAGCGGAUGGGCGUCAUUGUUAAGGAUUUACAAACGGGGGAAAUAGUUUUUUAUUUAAAAGGCGCGGACGUCGUGAUGUCGGGAAUUGUGCAGUACACAGAUUGGUUGGACGAGGAGUGCGGAAAUAUGGCGAGGGAAGGUCUACGAACUCUGGUGGUGGCACGUAAAGUUCUAAGCGAGGAGCAGUACAAUGAUUUUGAAAGCCGCUAUAAUGCAGCCAGAUUGUCAGUGUCUGAUCGUGUACAAAGAGUGGCACAAGUUAUUGAAUCUCUGGAGCGUGAAAUGGAGUUGUUGUGCAUUACUGGCGUCGAAGAUAAGCUACAAGAUCAUGUGCGUCCAACUUUGGAAUUGUUACGUAAUGCUGGAAUCAAAAUAUGGAUGCUUACUGGUGACAAAUUGGAGACGGCCACUUGUAUUGCAAAAAGUUCCAGGCUUGUAUCGAGGACGCAAGGCCUUUUCGUGCUCAAAAAAGUUGAAACACGCACAGACGCACAUUUAGAAUUAAACGCAUUUAGAAGAAGAAGCGACUGUGCGCUAGUAGUGAGCGGUGAAAGUUUAGAAGUUUGCCUAAAUUAUUACCAACAGGAAUUCAUGGAGCUAGCAACGGCGGCGCCCGCUGUUGUUUGCUGCAGAUGUUCACCAACACAAAAAGCUCAAGUGGUGCAGUUAAUUCAGAAACAAACGGGUAAACGAACUGCGGCAGUAGGCGACGGUGGCAAUGAUGUUAGUAUGAUUCAACAAGCCGAUGCGGGUAUUGGCAUUGAAGGAAGAGAAGGAAAACAAGCAAGUUUGGCAGGCGAUUUCAGCAUACCUCAAUUUUCUUAUCUUGCACGGUUAUUGCUGGUUCAUGGCAGACACUCUUAUAAACGUUCGUCGUCAUUAUCUCAGUUUGUUGUGCAUAGAGGGCUUAUUAUAUCCACCAUGCAAGCAGUAUUCAGUAGCGUAUUUUAUUUAAGUUCAGUAGCUCUCUAUCAAGGAUUUCUAAUGGUCGGUUACGCUACAUUGUAUACAAUGUUUCCAGUUUUCAGUUUAGUGCUUGAUCAAGAUGUCAGCGCCGAGAUUGCGUUGACGUACCCCGAAUUGUACAAGGAACUGUCUAAGGGGAGAAGUUUGUCAUUCAAAACGUUUUUUAUGUGGGUACUUAUAUCGAUUUACCAAGGCGGAGUAAUAAUGUAUGGAGCCCUACUUCUUUUCGAGGACGAAUUUAUUCACAUUGUCGCAAUCAGCUUCAGUUCGUUAAUCUUAACGGAACUAAUAAUGGUUGCUCUAAAUAUAAGAACAUGGCACUAUUUAAUGGUACUAGCCGAAUUACUAUCACUCGCUUUGUAUGUUUUAUCUCUGAUUGUUUUACAUGACUAUUUUGAUUCGGAGUUCAUUCGGACAGCGGACUUCUUUUGGAAAGUGUUAGUUAUUACUUUAAUCUCAUGUUUGCCUUUAUAUUUUCUUAAAUUUUUACGCAAGAAGUUCUCACCGCCCAGUUACAGCAAAUUAUCGUAAACUUCACAUUUUAUAGACACAAUUAUGAAGAAACAAGACACAUUUUACCAUGUAAGUGUAUUACUUCCGACUGUUCACAUUUUGGAGCAUGUGGGUAAAUGUUGUGAAAUGUUCUUAUGAUAUUAGAUAUAAAAUUAAAUUAAUCGAAAACAG